GGGGCGUGGCGCUGACUCCAUCUCCCAGGAUGCAUCGGGGCAGGGCCGUGCUGCGCCGCGGGGAUUGUGGGUAAUGUAGUCCCCCCGCCCGCUAGGCCAGUGACGAGGGGCCUGGCAAGGACUCCAUGUUCCAGGGAUCCCUGGGCGGAGCUGGCGACCUCCCCCAGCCAUUGUCGGUGGCGGCGCUCGCUGGCCGGAGAGGGGCUCCCAGCCAGGGCUGCAGGCACGGUGGCUCCGGUGGGGCAGGAGGAGGGAAUGAGUGAGGAGGAGGAGGCCUGUGGGACCAAGAAGAGUGGCGGGUUCCCCAGUAUAGAGCAAAUGCUUGCCUCCAAUCCCGGAAAGACCCCGAUCAGCCUUCUCCAGGAGUAUGGGACAAGAAUAGGCAAGACGCCCGUAUAUGAUCUACUGAAAGCCGAGGGACAAGCGCAUCAGCCCAACUUCACCUUCCGAGUGACUGUCGGGGACAUCAGCUGCACCGGUCAAGGCCCAAGCAAGAAGGCAGCCAAGCACAAGGCAGCAGAGGUGGCCCUAAAGCUCCUGAAAGGGGGAAAUAUGCUGGAGCCAGCAGCAUCGGAGGAAUCCAGCUCUCCUUUCUCCCUAGAGCCCCUUCCUCAGCUCAGCACCGCAGCGGCCCCCGCAGCGCCCAUCUUGCCUGCUGCCUCUCCCAGAAGCUCUCCGAUGGAGGUGAAGUCGCCCGUCUCGCCCCAGCAGUCGGAGUGUAACCCCGUGGGGGCGCUGCAGGAGCUGGUGGUCCAGAAGGGCUGGAGGCUGCCGGAAUACACCGUCACCCAGGAGUCAGGGCCUGCCCACCGAAAGGAAUUCACCAUGACUUGCCGGGUUGAGAGGUUCAUCGAAAUAGGGAGCGGCACCUCCAAGAAGCUGGCCAAGCGCAACGCGGCGGCCAAGAUGCUGGUGCGAAUCCACAAUGUGCCCAUGGACCAGCGGGAGGGCAGCGAGGCCGAGGUGGAGGAGGACCAGUUCUCCAUCACCAUGGGGAACAAGCUGGACAGCCUGAAGGGCCGGCUCUCGGGCUGCACCUGGGACUCGCUGCGCAACUCGGCCGGCGAGAAGAUCCUCCAUCUCAAGAGCCACCCACUGGGGGCGCUCAACGCCGGCUUCUGCAGCCUCCUGCAGGAGCUCUCCGAGGAGCAGAGCUUCGACAUCAGCUACCUGGACAUCGACGAGAUGAGCCUGAGCGGCCUGUACCAGUGCUUGGUGGAGCUGUCCACGCAGCCGACCACGGUGUGCCACGGCUCAGCCGCCUCCCGCCCCGCCGCCCGCGCCGCUGCUGCCCGCAAUGCCCUGCAGUACCUCAAGAUCAUGGCGGGAGGCAAAUGAGGAGGUGCCCGGGCCCAGCAGAGCCUCUGGGGCCGUGGACACUCAGCCAGGUGGGUGCCUGGAGCCGUGCCGGCACACGCCUCCCGAGGCCUGGGCUGGGGCAGGGACAGAUGCAGGUUGGACCCACACGCAGCCCCACAGCCAGGGCGGGACGUCCUGCUUCCCCUGAUUCAUGAGGGGCAGGACCUGGAGCCCCCAGGAAAGACGCCAGCCCUGCCCCAGCUGCCUCCACCAGGCCUGAGUGGGCUCUGGGC